CUCGGCUGUCGCAGCCCAUGUAAUUACCAAAACGUUGAUCACUCGUGUUGGCGGGAACAAGGUCCGAUGUGCAGUUUGCGAGUGUCUGACACAGUGACACUGUACUGGUCUCUCGCCUCCUUUUCGUCCCUGCUGGUCUUUCUAGAAAAGGCCAGACUUCUGCUUGCUAACCUAGAUGUUGUCAGUGCAGCACAUGUAGCCUGUCGAGUACAAAGCCGCCAUCCAUCGAUACAAGUACAAACUACUAGUACCGAGCUCACAAGCAGCAAACUCAAUUCGAUUUGAUCAACUAAAAUGGCACAAGUACCUCCAGCGCUGAUCGAAAGCCGCGCCGAAUAUGCCAUUGGGUCCUUGAUCCUCGCCACGCGCUGGCUGCUUCGUCUCAAGACACUCGGCAUCCGCGGCUGGCACUGGGACGACUGGUUCUCCGUCUCGGUGUUUGUGUGGCACUCGGCCCUGUUUGCCAUGGUCGAGUACCUCGCCGUCGUGGGGGCUCCUCUGGGCUUCACGCAGGAGAUGCGCGAGGCGUUGACGCCAGAGAUGAGGGUACAGCUGGAAAAGGGGGGCCAAGGGCAUGCAGUCUUGAUUGCCUUUUUCUUGCAGCUGACACGUCGGACACGCAUGCACACGUACGUCUGGGCAACUGCCGGUGUAGCUGGGGCGUGCUUCAUUGCGGCCUGCUUAACGACAUUCCUCCAUUGUCUUCCCAUACGCAGGAACUGGCAGAUCCUCCCCGACCCAAGCUUCGAAUGCUCUGCCGGCGUGGCCCAGAAUAUCGCCAUUGCCGCUGGCAACGUUCUCGUCGAUGCGCUACUCCUCGUGGUCCCCGUUCGCAUCCUACGGGAUGUACCCCUGAUUCUCUGGCGUCGUGUGGGCAUCAUCUUCCUCCUGUCGUUGGGGUUGUUUGUCAUGGCCAUGGCCGUAGCACGCUGCAUUCUUUCCGUCGACAAUGGCCCUGGAGUGGCCCAGUCCUCCGUCUGGGUUUUCAGAGAGGCAUUGGUCACCCACCAUCUUCGCCAUCAAUGCGCCCAUAUUGACGGCCCUUUUCCGCAGAGAAACGUGGCAAACGCGCUGGAGUCAGAAGAAGAGCUCAGGGUAUCAAAACACAGGGUCUGGGUUGUCAUUCAGCGAGUCGGCUGCCACUCGAUCCGGACGCAAACGGGCAGUGGGCGGCUCGCAGAUUAUUGGGAAAGAUUGUGA